AUGCUACGAGCCACAAUCUUUAUCGUUCUGAUGCUGCUUGCUGCUUUUUGGCCAAGUUUGGGAGAAAAUCAAGGUUUAUCCCAGCUUAAAGGUGCAGCGGCUAGAGCUUUCAGUAGGAGGAGAAGAGCGGUUCUAUUUCCACCUGGAUCGUUUGUAAAGUUCACCUGCUCCUUUGCCACCGGCCUGCUGGCAACGUAUCCCAAAGGAAUAUCAUUUGUCUUGGAGGAGGCGGUCUACUUUCCAGUGCCGGGUGUUGUUGAUGAUAUUUAUCCCAAGAGGUUUUUGCCAAAGACCACUACCAAGAACCCGGAGAAGCUACCGGAUACGAUUGUUUAUAUACCCGGCACCGAUUGGCGCUUCAAGGCCCAGACUCUGCCCAAACCCAAGUGGAGACAACCGCCGCCAAAAACGCAUCGCAUUGAUGAUGAUAGUUAUGGGAAUCCCUACAAAUGGCAUCAGUGGAACAAGGAACAGAAGUGGAACAAGUGGAUAGAGUUAGAUCAAACUAAGGCGAAAUGGUCAAAUUGGACUACAGCGUCACCAAAGUGGAAGAACUAUAGUAAAGCCUGGCAGUCCCACCAUUACUACGGACACCGCGAUCGCCGAGCACUGUUUGAUCGUUUCACCAAGCUGAGUUCACUUUUUGGCAUCGAUGUCAAGUCUUGUAUUUUGAGAACCAUCUGUGAUAGCAAGCGGUUGCUUUUGCCACCUGGGUAUUCCAUGUUGCAGGACAUGCUGCGUGUAGUUUUUACUUUGCCUCGCUUGGAUGGCCUGGAGGAUGAUUAUACUCGCAUUAUGGACAGAGCAGCAGAUGAUUGUGCCUCUGAGUUGAAAAGCAAGUGUAAUAUGAAUUUAUUGAUUUGGUUGCUAAGUGGAAGAGUUGAAUAA